AUGAAGACCGAGCCGCAAGUCAACCCAAAGGCAUAUCCUUUGGCAGACGCCACUUUAACUAAAACUAUCCUGGAUUUGGUGCAGCAAGCAUUCAACUAUAAACAACUGAGGAAAGGAGCUAAUGAAGCCACCAAGACUCUCAAUCGUGGAAUCUCAGAGUUCAUAGUGAUGGCUGCUGACGCACAGCCUCUAGAGAUCAUUCUUCAUUUGCGGCUGCUGUGUGAGGAUAAGAAGUUUCCCUAUGUGUUUGUGUGCUCCUUGGGCCGAGUGUGUGGCGUGUCCCAGCCUGUAAUCACCACCUCCAUCACUAUAAAGGAGGGAUCUCAACUGAAGCCUCAGAUCCAGUCUGAGCAGAUGGCUAUUGAGAGACUGUUGAUCGGAUUGAGGCUUCGAGACUAAAUGCCAAUUAAAGCUUUGGCAAGCUUGUUUAAUUUAGGUUUUUUUGUUGUUGUUGUUUUUGAAAAUACUGAGAAGUGUUUGUCAUGUUUUUAUUCAGAUCCCUGAAUUUCCCUUUUUCAGGUGUACUAUUCACUUUAAAAUUUAUCUAUACAUUGCUAAGCUUUGUAGCUUGUGUGAUUUUUGUUAAGUUUGACCUUUCUUUCAUUUUUGUAAUA